GGGAGGUUAGUACGUUACAUGUGAAAUAUAUGUUUUCUGUUUGCCAUGCGCUGGCGUGAAUACCGCGGUAGUGACACGUGAUUCUGACAGUAUUGUGUACCGGCUAAUUGGGUGAUAGGUACUACUGUUCGAUGAGUUGUGAUACUUUGAUUGAUAACGGUGGAGAUUGAAGAUUUGUUUUGAACAUUAUGGAGUGUAUUCGAUGGCUGUGGCUGAUUCUUGUUGGUUGUACAACAGCAUCCUUCGCAAACGACGGACUUUUUGGAGGGAAAUUCCCUAACGAUAUACCGGAAUACGACCUGCUCCACGCGAUCGGCGUUCCAUUUAGCAAUCCAAAAACGCAAUACUUCGACGAAGGCCUCGAUGGAUUUCCGGCUUAUGGACUUAAGCCCGGAUCCGACAUAAAAUCUCCGUAUAGACUGUUUAUGCCUGAGAAGUUGUACGCCGAAUUCUCUAUCACUGCAACUGUCCGACCAGCGAAUAAAGAUGGCGGGUUUCUCUUCUCCGUCGUAAACCCUUUAGAAACUGUAGUCCAAUUGGGAGUUCAAUUGAUACAAUCGGGACCUGGAUUGACAAAUAUAUCAUUACUUUAUACCGAUGCUAAUGCUUACGCCUUGUCGCAAACUAUCGCGUCAUUCGUCGUACCAUCUUUUGCUAAGAAAUGGACGAGGUUUGGGCUGAGAGUCUCAAUGGAAAAUGUGACGUUGUUUUUAAAUUGUUUAGAAUUUGAUUCAGUUUUAGUGAAGAGGAACCCGACUGAAUUAGUCUUUGAUUCGGCAUCAACUCUGUAUGUUGGACAGGCAGGACCACUUAUAAAGGGCGCGUUUCACGGUGCGUUUCAAGAGCUGAAAUUAUAUGGAUCUCCAACUCAAGCGGAGAUACAGUGUGUCAAUACAUUUGAAGAUAUUGGUAAAGGCAGCGGUGGAGACGAAAUAGAUAUUGACAAUUUUUUGGUUGACCAAGAAGAAGGAGAUGGGGAGGGAUCUGGUCGCUAUGGAACUAUUCCGCCAUUUCCGCCGCCGCCUCCUGGACUUAACGGUUAUGCACCAAUUUUACGGGGAGAAAAAGGAGAAAGAGGACCAAGGGGUCCACCAGGUGAAUCGAUAAGGGGUCCACCUGGACCUCCAGGGCCACCUGGACCUCCUGGAUCAUCCAGUACCCCUACCAUUAUAGACUCUUCAGGAUCGGGCGAUGAUGACGUGCAGAUAUCUGGAGUUAAGCAAAUUUUUGGCGAAAACUAUGUAUCACUGGGUCAAUGCGGCUGCAAUACUAGCGUUAUGCUAUCGCUGCUGGAGACAGCUCCUGAGCUACGAGGUCCUCCUGGGCCACCGGGACUCGUCGGACUUGAAGGACGGUCGGGUCCUCCUGGAAUACCAGGACAAGUUGGACCGCCUGGUGAACGAGGUCCAAUGGGGCCAAGGGGAGAGAAGGGCGAUAGAGGCGACGAAGGACCAAGGGGAGCUGAAGGCCAACCAGGUUCUAAAGGAGAGCCAGGUGUUGACGGUAGACCUGGCAGUCCUGGCCCUCCUGGGGCGCCUGGGUCAUCUGGAUCCUCAGAUUACAUUAAUUUUGAUUCAAACUGGAAACCUAGACAAAUAUAUAAGGAAUCACUGCUGGGUUCAUACGGAGGUGCAAUCGGUAGACCUGGAGCGCCAGGGCCUAAAGGAGAUGCUGGUCAACCUGGCCCUAUAGGCCUACAAGGAGAACGAGGUUUUCCAGGACCAAAGGGAGAGCGAGGUCAAAUUGGACACACGGGAUUAAAAGGAGAUAGAGGCUAUCUUGGACCUAAAGGCGACAGAGGAGUAAAAGGAGAUAGGGGAACUCCAGGAUUAGACGGAAGACCGGGAUUACCUGGGGCCAAUGGCCGCUUCGGUGAAAAGGGUGAAAAAGGUGAACGAGGUUUUCCGGGACCUCCGGGACCCCCUUCAGUACCAAGUAUUUUCACAACAGAAGAUUCAGAAUACAUAACGUCAGGUCGCAUGGGAACGAACUUCAGAGGCGAUAAAGGAGAGAAGGGUGAAAAAGGCGUUCGAGGUAACGACGGAAUUCCUGGACUCCCAGGAAAGGAUGGUAAUACAGGCGAGCGUGGAGAUAUAGGACCAUCUGGAAUGCCUGGAGUCUCUGGGCCACCUGGAGCCACUGGUUUGAAAGGGGAUAGAGGAGAGAGAGGGCCUCCUGGUCCUCUUAGCGUUGUCUCUGCCGGAUCAGAUAUACUAACUAUUAAAGGCGAUAAAGGCGAAAUGGGGCCCAGAGGCCGCCGAGGACGUCCGGGUCCCGUUGGUCCUAGGGGACCUCAGGGCUUACAAGGCAUUCCGGGUCCUCCAGGGAAGCCUGGAGAGAAAGGAGACAUCGGACCUAUAGGAUGGAUGGGACGUCCUGGUGCUCUGGGAUCUCCAGGGGAUGUUGGACCUGUUGGUCCUAAAGGUGAAAAGGGUGAUCCUGGAAUCAGUAUUUUGGAUGCUUCAAUGUUUAAAGGAGAGAAAGGUGAUCCUGGAAGAGAUGGUGCACCAGGCCCUCAAGGUAUCCAGGGUCCUCCCGGUCUUCCUGCUGUCUCGCACAAGUCUGAUGUCCUGCAGUAUGUGCCCGGGCCACCUGGCCCGCCGGGCCCCCCAGGGCCUCCCGGUUCUCCAGGAAUAUCUAUUACUGGACCCAAAGGCGAGCCAGGGCAAAGUUUCUAUGAAGAACCCGUACAUGGGAGCCCAAAAUUCUUUGGAAGACCAGCACACAAAAGCGCACUAGAUGAGAUAAAAGCAUUGAGAGAAUUGAAAGAACUUAAAGACAAAAAUAGAGAUCGAAAUGCACUGUUUCAAGAAACUCGAAAUCAUCAUGCUGAUGAGGCGACACCUACAAAAACAGUACCUGGCGCUGCAGUCUAUUACACGACGGAAGAGAUGUUAAGAGUAAGUUUUAAGAAUACUAAAACUAUAUAA